AUGGCCGAGCAGCUGUACCACUUGAAUCUGGUCAUCAGGAAGAACUGCCGCGUUGCCGUCAAAUCCAGCAAUUUCUAUUGGCUGGUCCUGCUGCUUGUGUUCCUCAACACUGCCGCCAGCGCUUCUGAACACUACGACCAGCCUCAGUGGCUCACUGACAUACAGGAACGAGCAAAUAAGAUCUUACUGGCUCUCUUCACGCUGGAGAUGCUAAUGAAGAUAUACAGCUUUGGCUUUCAGAUCUACUUUAUGGCACUCUUCAACCGUUUCGACUGCUUUGUGGUGUGCGGUGGGAUUCUAGAGACGGUAUUGGUGGAGAUGGAGGUUAUCCCGCCCAUUGGGAUCUCAGUGCUGCGCUGCGUUCGGCUGCUCCGGAUUUUCAAAGUCACACGACACUGGGCUGCUCUCUCAGACCUGGUGGGCUCUUUGCUGAACUCUAUGAAGGCCAUCUGUUCCCUAUUGCUUCUGCUCUUUCUCUUCCUCAUCAUCUUCGCUCUGCUGGGCAUGCAGCUGUUCGGCGGGAAGUUUAAUUUUGACGAGACCCAAAUGAAAAGAAGCACCUUUGACACUUUUCCAUCUGCUCUACUCACCUGUUUCCAGGUAACCAGUGAAACAAGCUUUAGUCACUUUCACAUGGCUUAUGUGGAUUACUUAGGAUAA